AUGGUUGGCCACCAGGUCAUACUACCGGAGGGGUACAGGGACGCCAAGUUGGGCAUGAUCAUCGCCGCAACGAUAGGAGAGAUAGUGCAAGAAACGUUGUGUAAAUCCCAGGAGUCCAAGCUGGCUGUCCUGUGGACAGUGGGCAUCUUUGCAUUGAAUUGCGGGCCGGUGCUGGUCGGCUUCGUGCUCGACUACUGCGGCCCCAAAUUCACAUGCAUCGUGGGCAGCCUGCUCAACAUCCUUGGCCUCAUCCUGUUUGGCGUGUCCCAGUCUUCCGGCCCCAAUGCCUUCAUCCCGGCCUCCAUCUUCCUGGGCCUGGGCGGCAUCACCUUCCACCUGGCCCAGAUGCACGCCUCCGCGCUGUACCCAAGGAAGCGCGGCAUGCUCACCGCCGUCUUCGUGGCGGGGUUCACGGGAUCUGGCAUCAUUUUCUACCUCCUGCUCCUGAUAUUCCAGGCAGCAGGCAGUACGAGGGCGGCGUACAUGGGCGUGCUGAUGGGGUAUGCGGGGCUCUGCGCGCUGUGGAUCCCGCUGAGCGCAUGGAUGAUGCCAAACUCCCCCUUCCGGGUGGGCCAGGUCUACCUCCUCACUAGCAAGUGGAGGUUUGAAGUGCGCCAGCGCUCAGCACCGCCCAGCGGUCGCGAUGCAGUGCGCUCCAACCUCAUCUCAGCCGGAGUGCCGGACAGCAGCAACCCCUUCUGGCAAGAGGAGGAGGAGCACUCGCGGAGCGGCAUCAGCGGGAACGGCGGGGCGGCAGUGGGGUGGGGAGCCUUCUCUGGUUCCCCGGGCCCGCAUGGCGCUGGGCCUACGCAGGCCAACGGCAGCGUCUUGGGCGUCGCGCAACAACAGCACGCUGACCCUUACGCGGCGGCUGAGGGCGCUGCGCAGGCCGGCGACUCUCUGGGCGGCGGGCAGAGGCCUGGCCUGAUCACGGACCAGGCGGGUUUGCAAGGACUGGAUGGCAACCGGGGCCCCCCCAGCGCGGACCCCUUGACCGACCCCUCGCCCCUGCCGCAUGGCGUGGUGUGGGGGCCCCUGGUCUUCGAGGCUCGCCGUUUUGUGGAGCUCCGCAAGCUGUCCUUCCUUGAGCAAUUCAAGUCUUCCGAGUCGUUUGGGAUGGGGCUCUUCUACACCCUCAACGUGUUCACCAUGCAGUUUUACCUGGGGACGAUGCGACUGCAGCUUUCGAACAAGGGCAGCAAUGCCGAGACCUACUCCAACUUUGGAAACGUGGUCGUGGCGUUUGCGUUCCUCCUCAUCCCCGUCAUCGGCUGGCUCCUGGACAAGAAGGGCUACGGCUCCACACUGGGCUCCAUCCUGGGCCUGAGCGUCCUGACCCUGGUGCUGCAGGCCCUACCCUCGCUCCCGCUCCAGGUGGUGACCAUCCUGAUCUGGAUGACCGCCCGCUUCUUCAUGUACGCCUCGUACUUUGCCAUCUUCGGCGCGCUCUUUGGCUUUCGAAACUUUGGGCGGCUGGUGGCCGUGGACAACAUCUUCAACGGCCUGUUUGGGCUGCUCCAGUACCCGCUCACCUACCUGGCCAUCCAUCCCCUGAACGGAAACUUCAUGUGGGUCAACCUCGGCCAGGCGGCGUGCCUGAUCCCGCUCUCCUGGUUCUGCGUGGCCAUGUACCGCUGGGAGCGUGAGGACCUGGUGCCCAUCCGGCCGCUGGAGGGGGAGGAGCUGCCCUGCGACAUGCUGGGCCACCAGGAGCGCAAGAAGCUGAAGGACCUGCACCUGCCCAACCUGGGCCUGGGCGAGCUGAGGAUGCCCCACGUGCAGCUGCCGGAAGCCAUCCGGAAGCUGACGCGAUCGGGGACGCGGGAGCGUGAGGUGGAGGUGUGA